AUGACUAACUCUCAACCACAGGGUGCUCUACCAAGUGCUACGGUUACUAAUCCCAGAGAUAAUAAUCAUGUGAACGUUGUGACAACCAGAAGCAAUAAGUCCAAUGACACACCUGAGAAGAAUUCUGAUGAAGAAGAGGCACUUGAGCAAAUGCCUACCUAUGUGAAAUUCAUGAAAGAUAUCAUUUCAAAGAAGCGGACCAUCGAGAGUGACCCGAUUAUUCUAACUGAAACUUGUAGUGCUAUUUUGCAGGGCAUGAAGAUUCCGGUUAAAAAGAAAGAUCGAGGUUCAGUAACCAUUCCAUGUACCAUCGGGGAUUGGUCUUUCAAGAAAGCUCUUAUCGAUUUGGGAGCAAGUGUAAGUCUUAUGCCAUUAUCCAUCUACAAAAGAUUGGGAAUAGGUAAGGUACAAGAUACACGAAUGACACUUCAAUUUGCUGACCAAUCGGUGAAAAGACCUUAUGGAGUGGUAGAAGACGUGCUGGUGAAAAUCGACAAGUUCGUAUUCCCUGUAGAUUUUGUUAUUCUAGAGAUGCCUGAAGAUGAAGAGAUACCAAUCAUUUUGGGGAGACCAUUUUUAGAGACAGGGAGAUGCUUGAUCGAUAUAGAAGAAGGCACAAAGACUUUGAAAGUCUAUGAUGAGGAGCUAAAAAUUGAUAUUCGAAACACCAUGAAAUCGGCACAAGAUCGGCAUGCUUGGUAA